UUGUUUCACUUUAUUUUAUAAGUGUUUCAAAUAAAAUUUUAAAACGAUCAUUUCAAAUCAAACUUUUUUUACAUAUGUAAUGGUCCUUCUUUACCGAAAAUUGCAAAGUGUCAUGUGUCGAGCGCCUUUCGCUGCAGUAGUAUUUCAGUCCUCUCAUAGAUAGAACCACAUUCGAAGGCUGAAAUUAGUAAAUAAAAAGAAAGACCGAGACCACCGGGUGUGGGUUUUAGGUCCACCAAAACACUGCAUUUUUCGAUUUGAAUAAAACAGUCCAGGUAGCAAAGUCAAAGAGGAUGGCUGCCGGUGCCAACAAGUGGACCCGUUUCUUAAGGGACAAGUGGAUAAACUACCGCUUCCGAUUUGUACCUUGGGUUGCUAUGAAUAUGCAACAUAAGUUAAAGGAAAGUGCUCGCAUUGUGCCGUCUCCUCUGGCUGAUCCAUUGAUUCCUCCUAGUGACAUAUUAUCACAAAUUUGGAACUUGGUUCCAUACUUAAUCCGACCCAAGAAGGCAGCCGACAGCUUAAAGACGUUCAGCGAAAAGAGUCGGAGUAUAAUGUUGAAUAAACAUGGAUUCAAAAUCGACAGGGCCCCGAGUCUUAUUCCUGGAGGUGGAACUGGAGUUUUUGUGACGAAGGGCAAAGUUCGGAAAGGCCGACUUGUGGCACUUUACCCUGGCACAAUAUACCGGUCAUUUGAGCCAAUUUUGUUGCCUUCAAUCAACAACCCUUUCAUUUUCCGCUGCCUGGAUGGCACCCAUUUAGACGGAAAAAACACUGGACUGUCCCGAAUUAUAUUCAAGUCAUGUGUUGGGCGCGACAAAAUGGGUCCCCUGGAAACGGCCGACCUUUCGUGGCUGACCAAUUAUCCUAUCAACCCCUUGAAUGUAGGCCAAUAUGUAAACAACCACACCAAAGACUAUCCGAGCAAUGUUGCUUAUCAAGAAUGUGAGCUGCCGGAUGGACUUGAUCCCAAAUUAAGAUCGAUGCUACCUUACAUCAAUUAUGCUGGGGGCAAAGGUGCGCCGAGUAGAUUGGUUGCGCUGGUCGCCACUCGGGAUAUUAAGGAAGGCAAAGAGUUGCUUUCAUCAUACCUGACACUUGUUGGCUCAAAACAAUAAUGUUGAUGUAGAAAAUAAUAAUUUGUUAUUUUAAAAACACACUAUUGAGAAUUAUUGUUGCAUAUCAUUGGAAAAUAUGUGUACAAAAAUUUAUUUUAAAUAAAUAAAAAUAAGGCAGCUAGUAAGAACUGGCGCUUAUCUAUUGCCCUGUUUGCCUACAAUGA